GUCAGUGCAGGCAUGCCGGCUGCGGCGUCGUUGCUGUACUUGCUGGCGAUCUCGGCCGCGUCGCUGCUGCUGGCCCUCUUGCAGGGCGGCGAGCGAGUCCAGCUAGUGGUGCCGACGCGUCAGGGCCUCGUGAGGGGUUCCACCGAGACGACGAGGGGCGGCAGGCAGUACCUGGCCUUCUACAAUCUGCCGUUCGCCAAGCCGCCGGUGGGGAAACUCCGCUUCAGGAGCCCUCGACCUCCUGACUCCUGGCUGAACAUCCGCGAUGCCACCGUCCCGGGCCCAGUAUGCCCACAGAAUAAAGCGCUGGGGCCCGACGAGAGUGAGGACUGCCUAUACCUAAAUGUCUUCACGCCAGAGUUAAAACCUGCUGUCCCUCUUCCGGUAAUGUUUUUCAUUCAUGGAGGUGGCUGGAUAGGAGGCACUGCAAAAGGGUACGAGGCAGGAUAUCUCCUUGAUCACGACGUCGUUCUCGUCACCAUCAACUACCGUAUCGGUGUUCUAGGUUUCCUAAGCACGGACGAUGAAGUUUGUCCGGGUAAUUACGGUCUCAAGGACCAAGUGGCAGCGUUGAAGUGGGUUCAGCAGAACAUCGAGGCGUUCGGCGGUGACCCUGGCAACGUGACGAUCUUCGGCCAGAGUGCGGGAGGAGCUAGUGUGAACUACCAUAUGUUGUCCCCUCUUUCUAAAGGUCUGUUCCAGAAGGCUAUUUCCGAGAGUGGUGUAGCAUCGGCAACUUGGGCGGUCAGAAGACCGGGUUUGGACAAGGCUCGCAAAGUGGCAGCCCUGCUUGGAUGCCCUACAGAACCAAACACCGCGUUGGUUGAAUGCCUGCGGGGCAUCGAUGCGUUCAACCUCACCGCUACACUGUUGCACUUCAUUGAGUGGUUCUUCUGUCCUAUGUCUCCAUUCCAUCCAGUGAUAGAAAAACAUCAUAAAGAUGCAUUUCUGUCAGAAAACAUAUUGGACCUAAAGCCUCAUUCUUUUAUUCCAUGGGUUGUUGGUGUGACUAAAGAGGAAGGAGCCUUAUUUACUGGAGCUUUUGUCGCAAAUAAAACGUUGUUGCAAGAACUAGACGAGAAGAGUGACAAAUUAUUCCCCCUGUGUCUAGCAUAUCAGACGUCAGCACGGGCUAAGCUCAUAACCCAGAAGAUACGCAACUUCUAUUUCUCGUCCGGUAAACUGACUAUGAAUGGAGUUGCUGACAUGUGCACCGAUGGUUUCUUUUCAUGGAAAACGGACAACGCUGUUAGGAAGUACAAAGACAAAGGUUUUGUGUAUUACUACCGUUUUUCGUACAGAGGGAAGUACAGCAUGUCGCAGUUAUUCGGCGGCGGCGACAAGAAUUUAGGUGCCGCACAUGGAGACGAACUCUUAUACUUAUUUUCAAAGAACCCCUACAUUGCAACAUACGGAGAGCUGCCAGCAAAGGAUACUCAAGUCGUGAAGACGAUGACUAAACUCUGGACAGACUUCGCUAGAACAGGAAAUCCAACACCGAAUGACGCGCCGCUGCAUUGGCCAAGAGUAACGUCAGACGAUGAGCUGGAGUUUCUGGACAUUGGUGAGAAGUUGGAAGUAAAGAAGGGGCUCUCACAGGAGCGGAUCCACUUUUGGAACUCACUUCCUUUCUGAGAAAGACCGCAUCGAACACUUGUAAUGAUACUGAUUGUAACAAACCUCUGAUAAUUUAUGAUUUUUUCUUCGAAAGAGAAAUAAAAAGGAAACGAAAACUGUGACAGAAACUACAUACUAGUCUCAGAAAGUAAAA